AUGGCGACUCAAUCUCUCCCUUCUACUCCCAAAGCAGCGACCCCGCUGGCUCCUACCUCGGAGGGCACUGGAACCCCGGGCAAAUGGCGACACCCUAUGCUGGCUGAGAUCGUCAGACGUCAGAAUGCAGCUACAUUUGGUGAAAAAAACGUGAAACGGCUGGUCUGGAAUGGCGCAGCUUUCAUAAUGACAUGUGCCCUCGGAGGUACCGUCAAAGAGUAUUCACGUAAAAUAUUCGAUGCCGGCGAUGCUUUCCGCGACUUCUCAAUGCUUCUUUGUCAACUUUUCCUCUUUGUCAAUAUCCUAAUGGCGCUCUCUCCUCUCUUCCGACCGAAGGAUAACCUCUCUGACAUUCCUCUUACUCCCACUCAACGAUCACUCCUCGGUCUGGACCCUUCUGCGACGCCGCCUGCGACUCCCGGUACCACCUUUGCGACGCCACCUAGAUACCGUCUCUCGACUUCGCGCAAGCCUAGUCCUGCAAGCAGGCAAUCCUCCCCCAUGUCUGCGAAUGCAAGCUUUUCAGACCGGAGACCCUCCGCAGGUACUCCAUACUCUCCUGUUUCGAGCCCCUUACUUUACAAAGCGGUUUCGAAUGGAGGUAUUGAUUCUGGUCGGCGACAGAGCUUUGGUUCAUCCUCGUUUGGAGCAUCCUCGUUUGGAGAAUCGAGUCUCGGUCCGAGUACACCUUCUCCACUUGCUGCUGUGUAA